CCAGUCCACCUCCCCCUAUCCCCACCGCCUCCACAACCCCACCCCCCCCUCCGCUGCCCCUCCCAUCGCAUUCGCAUCCACCUCCGCGCCCCAAGCACAGCACAGGGGAAGAAGCGAUCGGCAAUGGCGUCCUCCACCCAGGGCCAGGUCAUCACCUGCAAAGCGGCGGUGGCGUACGAGGCGAACAAGCCGCUGGUGGUGGAGGACGUGCAGGUGGCGCCGCCGCAGGCCGGCGAGGUCCGCAUCAAGAUCCUCUCCACCGCGCUCUGCCACACCGACUACUACACCUGGAGCGGCAAGGAUCCUGAGGGUCUCUUUCCUUGCAUUCUCGGUCAUGAGGCUGCUGGAAUCGUUGAGAGCGUUGGCGAAGGGGUGACUGACGUGCAGCCUGGGGACCAUGUCAUCCCUUGCUACCAAGCGGAAUGCAAGAACUGCAAGAUGUGCAACAGCGGGAAGACCAACCUCUGCGGCAAAGUUCGUGGCGCCACAGGGGUAGGGGUCAUGAUGAGCGACCGCAAGAGCCGCUUCUCGGUGAAUGGGAAGCCCAUCUACCAUUUCAUGGGGACGUCGACGUUCAGUCAGUACACUGUUGUGCAUGACGUCAGUGUUGCGAAGAUCAACCCGCAGGCGCCCCUGGAUAAGGUCUGCCUGCUCGGCUGUGGUGUUUCCACUGGUCUUGGAGCAGUAUGGAAUACUGCAAAGGUUGAAGCAGGUUCAGUUGUUGCUGUUUUUGGGCUUGGCACAGUUGGACUUGCAGUUGCUGAGGGGGCAAAAUCAGCUGGUGCUUCUCGGAUUAUUGGCAUUGACAUUGAUGCCAAGAAGUUUGAUGUUGCUAAGAACUUUGGAGUCACAGAGUUUGUGAACCCAAAAGACCAUGACAAACCAAUCCAGCAGGUCCUAGUUGACCUUACAGAUGGUGGUGUGGAUUACAGUUUUGAGUGCAUCGGAAAUGUUUCUAUCAUGAGGGCUGCACUCGAAUGCUGCCACAAGGGCUGGGGUACCUCCGUUGUCGUUGGUGUAGCUGCAUCUGGCCAGGAGAUUGCCACACGGCCAUUCCAGCUUGUCACUGGCCGUGUCUGGAAGGGAACAGCUUUUGGUGGCUUCAAGAGUCGGAGCCAGGUUCCAUGGCUCGUCGAGAAGUACAUGAACAAGGAAAUCAAGGUGGACGAGUACAUCACCCACAACAUGAACCUUACCGAUAUCAACAAGGCGUUCGACCUGCUGCACGAAGGCGGCUGCCUGCGGUGCGUGCUGGCCAUGGAGCACUGAGGAUCCUGCUAUGUGUCUCGCCCUGCCUCGAAGCGGAGCAGUUUGUGUCGUGUGAAGUUGUAAUGCAGAUCUAUCCUCCGCCCUGGGACUAUAGAACUCGUUUGGCCUAGAAACUCUUGAACACGAACCGCUGCUAUAAUAAUAUGUUGUGUUGGAUGGUUGCCUCUGGUUGGGGUCAUUA